AGAUAUGUUAUAACUAAUGCAAGGUUUGACAUGACAAAAUGUAAACCACAUUAUAAUUACUGAUGGUAAGGUAGUAAUGCUUUACAGUUUCAUUACAUUAAGUUUCAAUAUUGCUCCAACUACAAGUAAACCUGCUUCAUUCAUUUUUUUUGGGGGGGGGGGUGUGACAUGUAGAAUUAUCCAAAAGCAUAAUUUUAUCAUUUUUGUAUACUGUACACUAUGACCCAAAGCUUUAUUUUAUAGGUCUGUAAUAUCCUAAUAAUUUCCCCAAAAGUUUCCUGGAAAUAACUAUGUAGUAGUAGUAAUUUAUUAUUGAAAACUCAAUUCUCCAUAUAUGUUGAAUAGUAUGCUUCCCUUACUGACUAAAAGAAACUAGAGGUUACACUAGCAAUUAAUCUGAAGUGUACCAAUUGAACAGGAAAAUAGGGGCCCAUAAAAUAAAGCCUUAUUAUGUAGAUGUAGGUUGUAAAUGACUUUAUCCCGCUGCUACACUGUGGAAGCCAGGAUGGAAAAUGUGACAUGAUAAAAACAUCUCUUGACUCAUAAUUCAAAAAGAGUAUCUCAUAAUCAUAAUUCUUCUAACUUUGUGGUGGUGAGUAGCCUAUUUUUAUUUUCAUCACAACUUUUUAUGUCGGUUUUCUGCUAUUAUACUGUAAUUAUUUCUGGGAGUCCAAAUAUAUAUCAUAUUAAAUAUACAAUUAAAAUGUCUUCUUCCAUCCUGGAGGUAUCAUGGUAGCUCUACAGUGAUGUCCUCACGGGGAAACGGGUACUCUUGUGAUCUUAGUAGGAUGAUGCUGUAGCGGCACGCGCAUCAGCCGUUGCGUGAGAAUGAUGACGCACGGUAGCGGCAGAGAUGAUCAGCACCGCUGGCUAUGAGCGUGUCGCUGCGUUUGCCUAUAUACAGCGACAAAUACACAUUCAUGGAGUUAUGUAGUGUGUAAAUGUAGCGGGAAAUAUUGAAGAAGGUGAAAUGACAGGAUUUCUAGAUUGUUUCGAAUCGCACACCGCCUCAUCGUGUUCUCAUUGAGGAAGGAUACUUCUGCGCGUCGUCGUCAGGAACCGUCCGGGAGAUGGACGGGAGGACUGCGGAUGACGGGAGGGCGAGUGAGGAAGCGGCCGUCGGCCUCUGUCUACAGCUUGACCUGGGGGACACCGAUUCAGCCAAGAAGGCUCAGAUAACAGAGAUGCCGUCCCCAUUCGGAGUGGGCCCAGCCCAUGAGAAAAAGAUUGGCCACAGGAGGAUAGAUGCCUCUGGAGAGACAACAUACAAGAAGACCACGUCCUCUGCCUUGCAAGGGGCCAUCCAGCUGGGUAUUGGAUAUACUGUUGGAAACCUCAGCUCCAAGCCAGAGAGAGAUGUGCUGAUGCAGGACUUUUAUGUGGUGGAGAGCAUCUUCUUCCCCAGUGAAGGCAGUAACCUCACUCCGGCCCACCACUUCCCAGAUUUUAGGUUUAAAACCUACGCCCCUGUGGCCUUCCGCUACUUCCGAGAGCUGUUUGGGAUCCGACCAGAUGACUAUCUGUAUUCUCUAUGUAAUGAGCCACUGAUUGAGUUGACAAAUCCAGGAGCCAGUGGCUCCAUAUUCUACGUAACCCGCGAUGACGAGUUCAUCAUCAAAACUGUUAUGCACAAAGAGGCAGAGUUUCUCCAGAAACUCCUUCCUGGAUAUUAUAUGAACUUGAACCAGAACCCCCGAACUUUGCUGCCAAAGUUUUUUGGCCUCUACUGUGUCCAGUGUGGGGGCAAGAACAUCCGAGUUGUUGUGAUGAACAAUAUUUUACCACGCUCUGUACGCAUGCACCUCAAGUUUGAUCUGAAGGGCUCCACAUACAAGAGGCGAGCGUCCAAGAAGGAAAGAGAGAAGUCCAAACCCACUUUUAAAGACCUGGACUUUCUGAGUGACGUUCCUGACGGCCUCACUCUGGACCAGGACACAUACAGUGCACUGGUCAAAACUCUGCAGAGAGACUGUCUGGUUCUAGAAAGUUUUAAGAUUAUGGACUACAGUUUGCUGCUGGGGGUCCACAACAAGACCCAAGCAGAGCGAGAGCGUCAGUCCCAGGGCUCACCUGCAGGAGGCGGGGAUGAAAAGAGGCGUGCAGCUCAGAAAGCCUUGUAUUCCACUGCCAUGGAGUCUAUACAGGGAGGCUCCACGUGCAGGGACACACUGGACCAUGAUGACACUAUGGGUGGUAUUCCAGCUGUGGGUGUUAAAGGAGAGUGCCUCCUGCUGUUCAUUGGAAUCAUUGACAUCCUGCAGUCCUACAGAAUGAUCAAGAAACUUGAGCACUCUUGGAAGUCCCUCAUCCAUGACGGGGACACAGUGUCAGUUCACAGACCCGGUUUCUAUGCUGAGAGGUUCUACAAAUUCUGUAGCACCACUGUCUUCAGGAAGAGCUGCUCACUGCGAUCUUCUCCAUCUAAGAGAGGACGAGGGGCUCUCUCCAUGUCCAAGUCCAGUGCUGGAACAGGUUCAGCUGGGCAGCGUCCCUCACUGAGUGAUGACAGGCAGGAAAACCAGGACAACUUGGAGAACCUGCGAGGAGCUCGCAGCUUCCCCAUGCUGGAGGACAAUGGGAGAGAGCCACCCUGCACCCCUCCUUCCUUCGAAGAUGCUACCACAGCUUCUAUCGCUACCACGCUCUCCUCUAACAACUCCUUACCUACCACCCCCUUUGAUACACCAGAGCACCCGCGCUACAAGAGACAAAUGCAUUCCCCAAGUGUAGCCAGGUCACAGAAAGUUGAGGUUCACGGGGAAAAGCAGGACACCAUAACAGUGGAGGUGGAGCUCAGUAAAAUCCCAAAGAGCACGGAGCUCACACAGUUGACAGAAAUGACCUCCCACAGCCAUCUGUCUCCUGAUCGUCAGCCCCGUGUCAUUGCUUCAUCCACCCCUCCCUCGAUUAAUCCAUCCUUGGCAUAUUCCUCCUCCACUCUUCCUCCUUCCUUUGUGUCUUCCUCCUCCGCUGCUCAAUCAGCUGGCCACUCGUCCUCCACACUUGCUUCGUCCAUCCGUCCAUCCACUAAACCACUCGCCUCUCCCACAGCAGCUCAGCCUUCCACUGUUUCUUCUCCAGUCUCUCGUUCAGCUGCACAACCCACACUUCUCACUUCAGCUCCAAACACCUCCGCCCUCCCUCCUGCCUCAGCGUUUACUCCCAUCUGCCCUGCAUCUCCUCACUCCUCCACCCAGAGCUCCUCUCCCCGUCUCCCCUCGACCCCUCCCUCCUCCCACCCUCCGAGCCCCCAGGUGCCUCAGCAGGCGCCUCGUACAUCGUGCAAUCAGCUGUCUGUGUCCAGCAGCCACAACUCAUUGGAUGGGGAGGUGCCAGUGUCUGACAUCUACUUUUAUGCAGAUGGCAGAUAUUGGGUGUACUCUCCGGUUCUUGGCCGUCGUAAGCUAAACUCUAGCUCGAGUUACAAUCAGACUCAGGAGGAUCGGAGCUGGGUGUACUCUCCUCUGCACUACGGCUCAGAGUCCAGAAGGGGCUCAGAUGGGGAGAGUGAGACAUAACUCACAGUGGAGACAGCAGUGAUGGGUGGAGUCAGAGCUUGUCUCCAUAUACAGAAGCUGUGAGGUUUUAAUAAUACAGCCACCAGGACACUACGAGAAUUAAUGCUGGUUGCCCAAGCUGCAUGUGGAAGCUUGCUUCGCCAACAGAGACUAAAGGAAUAAACUUAUAGAAGCAUUCAAGUAUACAACAAUAAAAUCAUGCAUACACUCACAUACAUUCAAACGAACAUACAGACAUACAACUAUCGAAAUAUUAUGCAAAAAACAAAACAAAACACAUAAAGCAUCAAUUCCUGGACAAUCUGAUUGACAUCAAGCAGAGAAAUAAACUUAGAUCACAUAGUACAGCUGAGUGGCACUGUGAAUGAUUUUGGUGGCUGUUAAGUCAGGUAUUGUUGCAGUCCUGCUGCCUGCUGUUUUUAGGUUUUUAGUGUUCAUGAGUCACACUGCACUGUGCCAGCUCUGGCUAUGCAAUAUGGACAUACACGUUAUUGAUUUCUCUUUUUGACUAAUGCAUAACUACUUCAGAGUUUAUUCAUGCAUUUAUUUUUCACUAGGGGCAUGUCAAAGCUGUAUAUGAGUUUAUUUUUAGCACUUUAUCAAUGUACAUGUGGCUGAGUGCAUCAGUUGCUGUUUGAAAACACUCACAAAAACACACAGUUAAUGUUUUGUGUGCUGUGUAUGCACAGUGUUCAGUUUUAACAGUGGUGCGUGGUGUGGUCCACUUAAGAAACUUUGAUCUGACAAUGAAUGGUUGUGUCCAAAAUGCCUUAUUGACAAACUCAUUUUCAUAGCUGUAAUCAUAAAAAAAUUUUUUUUAACUAUAAACAUACAGAGUAUUUUAUUGUGAGUAAAUGAAGCAGAUAUAGCAACCAUGCAUUAACACCUUUUCAAGGUUUAGAACCAAGAGAUCAGGAGCGAAAAAAUUAAUCAAAUGAUCUUUUGUAAAUUGUAGAUAAACUGUGUGUGUGCAAAGCACAUGCAUGUAACUCUGUACUUGCCCUUAUGUCUCUGUGUGUGCAUGUGUUUGCAUGCAGAUUAAUGUGUGAUUGGGAGACAUGUAAGUGUAAGGUUCUUCCGUCCUGCCUAUUUGUCAAAAGUGUAACUUCUGUUUGCUGUUAUAGGCCAUGAAAGUCUGAACCAGCUAUAAGCAUGUUGGCUGUGUGAGAAAAAUGAAUAAAAACCCCAGUCUUUAAUGACACUGGAUUAACCAUAAAUUACCAAAUUAAACAAACUGAGCUAAACUGAAAUAACCUCUGUUUUCUGUACAGUUUAAUAAGAAAAUAAACUACAAUCUACUGUUGCCACAGACCGUACCUUCCUUCUUCCCCACGUGUUGAUGCUUGUUGCAACAAGACUGACCAUAAUGAGACUUCCUGACUGUCGAGAUGCACUGCUGUAACAGAUUACUGUAUUAAUUGAGUCUGCUGAAACUAACCUGCCUGUUUGUAGGCAACAGUGUUUGUAGCGCAUCACUGUGUAAAUGAAAAUAAAGAUUAUAUUGUGUAAAAAAAA